UCUUGAUUUUACGAAAGAUUUAAUUGAAUUAAUUGAAAUUUUUGGAGGGAUACCGUUAAUUAAAAAAGAUGAUUGGAACGAAAACGAUUUCAAUUGGUUGUUAAUUAACACCGAGAUGAUUAAGCUGUUCAAAAUGUAUCCUUUAAUUAAAAUUAACGUGGAAAUCGAUUUUAAAAACACAUCAAAGUACGCUUUAUACUUAUCACCCCCCAAUUUAAAUUUGCCGAAAUACAUUUUAUUGAACCCAAUGGGGCACGAAAAAGAAAUUUAUUCUUAUAAAAAGUGGAUUAUAAACUCGAUCAUUUUUAUGUUCGAUAAGAAGAUUAAUUUUAAUGAAAUCAACGAGAUCAUUCAAUUUGAGGUUAAGUUAGCUCGAUUAAUACAUAGAGGGAAACAAAAACGGGAAGUUUUAAAAGUUUUUAAUAAGAAAACUUUAAUUAAUUGGACCGAGUAUUUAAAUAUAAUCUUUUUUGGGUCAAAAACGAAAGUUAUCGAUGAAGAUUAUAUUUAUUACAACGAUUUCGUGGUCAAUUUAUUACGAUUAAUUCGUGAAACGAAGAAAUCGACGGUUUCGAAUUAUUUAAUGUGGUGUUUAAUUAAAGAGUUUUCGAGGGAUGUUUCUGUUGAGAUGAAAGAGUUUAAUUUUGAGGUUAAUCGGGCGAUUUUAGGGGUUAAGUCGGAUGUUCCUCGGAAUGAGGAGUGUGUUUCGAAAUUAACCGAGUUCUUUGGGGGUUAUUUAAUUAAUUCUUAUAUUAAAUAUUAUUUAAAGAAUGAAGAUUUCAUUAAGAUUAAUCGAAUCGCCGAGAAUGUUAGAGCUAAAUUUGUUGAGGUUUUAAAAAAUAAUAAAUGGUUGAGUCCUCAAACUAAAAAGGUGGCAAUUGAAAAAGUGAUUGGGGUUAAGUUUUAUGUGGGUUAUCAUGACGGUGUUGAUGUUUUUUAUGGGAAUUUAACGAAUAAUAAUUAUUUUGGAAGCCUUUUAGAGUUAAAAAGGGAUUUGGUUGUAAGGCACUUUAAUAAAUUUGAAUCAAAAGUGGGAAUUGAGUUUCCUGAUAAUUUAUUUGAAGUAAAUGCUUAUUACAACGUUUUACAAAACUCAAUUAUAAUUUCGGUCGGAUUGUUAGAAGAGCCUUUUUAUCACCGAGAUAGACCAGCUGUUUUAAAUUAUGGGUCAUUAGGAACUUUAAUCGGUCACGAAUUAGCUCACACUUUAGAUGUAACAGGUCGCAAAUCAGAUAAAAGUGGGAACUUAAAGAGGUGGUUUUCAAUAAAAGACGCAAAAAUCCACAAUAAACGAAUGGAAUGUUUCGAAAACCGAUAUAAACAAAAUUACAAUAACCAAUUCCAAGAUGGGAUUAUCGAGAAUAUGGCUGAUAUCAUUGGGUUGCAAUUAAGCUAUGAUGCUUAUGUAUCAAGUAGGAAAGUGUUUGGUGCAAUCCCGUUUUUAGAAACGUUUGGGGAUAAGGAAAUUUUUUUUAUGUCUUAUGCACAAACUUGGUGUGAAAUAAUUCAAAACGAUAGUUUAGAUAUUUUACAAGAUGAGCACCCUCAAAAUAAAAUUCGCGUUUUAGAGAGCGUCUUAAAUAAUGGCAACUUUUUAAAAAUUUUCCAAUGUAGGGAUGAAACGUCAAAAAAAUGUGAUCCAAUUUGGUAAAAAUCACAAGU